UUCACGUCAGGCGGGCCGCGGGUAGUGUUUGUGCCGGUCGCGAGUUACAUCGUCGCGUCUUUUACUACUUUCUAACGUGUGUUUUGUAAAAUGAAUAAGUUGAUCGGCGUCACCCGGAACUUUUGCAGUUCCUCAACUCGGAAUGCAAUCAAGACUGUCACGGUGGUCGGCGGAGGCCUCAUGGGGUCAGGCAUCGCCCAGGUUGCAGCACAGGCCGGUCAAAAUGUGACCAUCGUUGACCUACAACCAGAAAUCCUUGACAAAGCACAGAAGUCGAUUCAAAACAACCUUGUCCGAGUUGGCAAGAAGCUGUACAAGGAUGAUGCCUCCAAGGUGGAGGCCUUCGUGAAAGAUUCCUUCGAUAGAAUCAAGGUCGCCACAAAGGUCGAGGAUGCUGUCAAUGCCGACUUAAUCAUUGAGGCUAUUGUUGAGAAACUGGACGUUAAACAGGAGUUGUUCAACAAACUUGACCAGCUUGCCCCAGGGCACACCAUACUUGCAACAAACACCUCCUCCAUCUCAGUCAAUGAGAUUGCAGCCGGCAUCAAGAGGAAAGACAGAUACGGCGGCCUCCACUUCUUCAACCCGGUGCCAGUGAUGCGUCUGCUUGAAGUGAUCAAGGGCGAGCAGAUGUCGGAGGAGACGUACCAAGCCAUGCUGGCGUGGGGCGCGAGCAUCGGCAAGACUUGCAUCACCUGCAAGGACACACCCGGCUUCGUGGUGAACAGGCUGCUCGGGCCUUAUAGCGCGGAGGCCAUCAGGCUGUAUGAGAGAGGUGACGCCAGCAAAGAAGACAUCGACAUCGGCAUGAAGUUAGGUGCAGGAUACCCCAUGGGUCCCUUCGAGUUGGCCGACUAUACCGGCUUAGACACCAACAAAUACGUCUUGGAGGUCAUGUAUAAGUUGACCAAGAACCCGGUGUUUGAGCCCAUUCCGCUGCUUGACAAGAUGGUGGCCGAGGGUAAACUGGGCAUCAAGAGUGGAGAAGGGUUCUAUAAGUACAACAAGAAGUCUAAGAUUUAAUGGGUUGCUCUUGAAUGGCCUUUGUUGUCCCGAAUCCCGAUAUAAAGAA